AUGGAAGGGGUACCAAAGGUAUCAGAUAUGGAAAUAGAUGAUUUUAUUCCUGAAGAACCGAUACCAAAAGUAUCACCAGUCAAUUUACCUCAGCCUUCCGAUUGCAAUAAGAUUUCAGAUACUGAGACAGAGGAAGAACCAUGUGACCAUAUAUCUUCUGAAGUAUCCAAAUUAGAGCAAGAUGAUGAAAUUAAUGAGGUUGACACGAACCAAGUCGUAGAGCAAG